UAUAAAUAGUCUCCAUGUUGGCCCUCUAGUCUCAGCCUAAGGCCACGUUCUGCCAGGUACCCUUUAGAAGCAGCAGUCUUCCAGAGGCAUCGCAAUGAAAUUCGCGGCCAUACUCAUCGCCCUGUGCCUGCUGAUUGCUGCUGCGUCCGCCACAUUCGUUCUCGGUUACGGCGUGAAUGGAUACGCUGGGCUCGGCUACGGACUCGGAUCUUACGGAGGCUAUGGCGGCUCCGGCGGCUAUGGCGGCUCCGGCGGCUAUGGCGGCUACGGCAGCUACAGCGGCUACGGUGGUUACGGUGGCUAUCCCGGCUAUGUGAUCUACCCUUCUUACGGAGGUUACCGGCGAUACCUUGGAUAUGGAUACUACGGAUAAUUAAAUAGAAAUGCCCCACUAAUGUCUCUUUUGUAAAGGAUGGCAACCCGGCGCCUUUAUUCACUGGGGAGAAUAUAAAGCGAAACUCCUGAAGAAUAAAUGGUGUUAUCAAAUGACA